UUACAGCUGUCGUGUCUGCUGCCUUGGAAAGUGGAACGAAUACAACAACAAUUGGGAAAAAACAAAACAAAGUCAUAGCAAUAUGAACAGAGAAUUAUAGUGUCAUAAGUUUAGAAGCAAUCACAAAAUUAUUACAGCUAAAAUGUGUAUUUAAUUUAGGGGCUAGUGCGCGCAUUCGCAAUGGACAAGUUGAAUUUAUAUGAGGUACUUGGAGUGACCAAAGAUGCGACAUCAGAGGAAAUAAAAAAAAAUUAUCGCAAAUUGGCCAAAGAGUUCCAUCCGGACAAGAAUCCCGAUUCGGGUGAGAAGUUCAAGGAAAUAUCAUUUGCCUAUGAAGUACUUUCGGAUCCGGAGAAACGUCGCAUCUACGAUCGCUAUGGAGUGAAGGGCUUGCAGGAAGGCGCUGAUGGCUACAGCGAUGCCUCUGACUUUUUUGCACAGUGGUUUCCAUUUGGUGGCGCUACCUCCGAUCGUAGCAGACGCGAUGGCAAAAUUAUGGUUAAAUUGGAGCUAACGCUUGAGGAAAUCUAUGUGGGCGGAGCUCAGAAACCGGUGGAAUAUAAGCGACAGAAGCUGUGUGACCAGUGCAAUGGAGACGGAGGACCCAAGGAGGCGCGCCUGGAGUGUGAGGCCUGUGGCGGCGUUGGACGCACUGCAGCAUUCACUUUCAUGGGUCUAAGCGCCUUUGAUGCGGUGUGUCCCACAUGCGAUGGACGUGGAUUUACCAUCAAGGAGAAGAUGCGCUGUAAGCUGUGCACAGGCAGCGGCUUUGUGGAGCAGCAAAUGAAACGCAAUGUGGAUGUUGAACGUGGUGUGCCCCACAUGCUGAAGCUGCCCUUUGCCAACGAGGGUCAUCAACUGCGCAGCGGUGAAUUUGGUGAUCUCUAUGUGAUUAUUGUGCAGGCCGAGCACGCGGUCUUUCAGCGUCGUCAUGCCAAUCUCUACAUGCGUGAUUUGCAGAUCAAUAUCACAGAAGCAUUAUGUGGCUACACGCAUUGUUUUAAGCAUCUCGAUGGCCGCAACGUUUGCAUGACCACCCAGCCGGGUGAAGUCUUGCGCCACAACCAUAUCAAGAAGAUGCGCAGCGGCGGCAUGCCCGUAUUUAAUAAGCCAACGGAUCAUGGUGAUCUCUAUGUGCAGUUUAAGGUCAUCCUUCCGGCAAACGAUUUUGCCACACAACCGCAACUGGCGAUGCUGGAGGAUUUGCUGCCGCCACGUGAACGUAUUGUUGUGCCGCCUGGGGCGGAAGAGGUUCACAUGACGGACUACAAGCCACAGACUCGUCAGGCCCGUACGGAUACAGAGGAUGAUGAUGAUUACAACGGACAGUCGCCACACUUUGAGAGCGUCCAAUGCCAGACAGCUUAGUUGUGGGCAUGGACAUAUCCAUGGCUGUUGCAGUUGCAAUAUCUCGCUAUUGAUUUUUGGAAACUAAUCCCAACGCUUGGCGUGGACGAGAUGUGCUUCUUAGUGCCGCUAAUCGUCCUACUAUGCAUAGUAUUAUUUUUCAUACAGGAAUGUUUGCUGUAAAAGCGCGUGAUCAAAAUUUUACUCAUUAUAUUUUAGGCCAAAACGAAAUUAGCUUAGCUAAAUUACAAAUAUGCAUAUGAAUGUCAUAAAUGUUACCAAAUCCCCACUACUAAAUUAUAUGUUUAUCUCUUAAACUAUACUCACAUUAACUUCAAUAACUUUGCAACAUAUAAACAAACAAAAUA